GCAGGAGGGCGCAGAGGAGAGCGGCGCCGGCAGGAGAGAGGGACGCGGCCGGACACCAAGCCGGGGUUGGGAGGGGCGAGCCGAGCUCGAGCCCAGCGGGGCCCCCCUGCGUCCCAUGGGCACGCCCGGCCGCCUCGUCUUCUGGAGCCUGCUGAGCGUGGUGCUGACCCAGCGGGUGAAGGUCCGGAAUGAGGUCACGGGCUACGUGGGCGAUGAGGCCAUGCUGCAGUGCCUCUUCCCCGCCUCCAGCCCCGACAUCAAGGUCAGCCAGGUUACCUGGAUGAAGGAGAUGGGCGGCAAGAAGCAGAACGUGGCUGUCUACCUCCCGGACCACAAGCCCAACUUCCCCUUGGACAACAGCGGCAGGAUCCGGUUUCUGAACGUCUCCCUGCAGGACGCCACGCUGAUCAUCCAGCCCUUGCGCAUGAGUGACGAGGGGACCUACGUCUGUGAAUUCGCCACCUACCCUCAUGGCAACGAGGACGGGGUCACCACGCUCAGCAUCCUGGCCAGGCCCACCAACACGGCAGAGUCGCGGAAGGUGGUGGUGGGUAACACCACGAUCCCAGUGGCUGUCUGCACCUCAGCCAACGGCAAACCCCCCGCCCACAUCAAGUGGGACGCCGCCUUCGACGGCAUCUACAAUGCCUCCGAGGUGACCAACGGAGACGGCACCGUCACCGUCACCAGCCAGUUCAACAUGGUGCCCACGGUGGAGGCAGACCAGCAGCAAAUCACCUGCAUCAUCAGCCAGAGGACACUGGCUGCGCCGGAGAACAUCCCUGUCACGCUGUCCGUGCUGUACCCGCCACAAGUCACUAUUGAUGGCUAUGAUGACAACUGGUACGUGAGCCGGAGUGAGGCUGUGCUGAGAUGCGCCGCCAAAGGGAACCCCAAACCCACCCAUUACUCCUGGAGCACCCCCAGUGGGUCACUGCCCUCCACGGUGCAGGUACAGGGCGACCGGCUGGUGGUGCAGUCAGUGGAUGUGGCUGUGAACACGACCUUCAUCUGCCAGGUCACUAAUAGUGUGGGGACGACACGGGUGGAGCAGACGGUCCUGGUGCGAGAGCACCCCGUGAAGCUGCAGAGCAGCGCCGGAGCCAUUGCUGGGGGUCUCAUCGGGGGCAUCCUGGCCCUCGCCCUGCUCGGGGCUCUGGUAUUCUUCCUGCUCCGCCGGCGCCACGCCCGACCCCCUGUCAAGGGUGCCUAUGACCCCACCACCCGCGUCUUUGGUAAUGGGGCCGCUCCGCCCCCCAACUUAAUCUACCGCCCCAACUCGGAGCUGGACCGGCCCCUCAGGGCCACGCCGGGUGAGGGGGCCCCCGGGGAGCGGCCCGGCCCCUACAGCUACCCCGGCCAGCGGCAUGAGGAGGAUGAGGAGGAGGAGCGGCUUGACGAGGUGGGGCCCAUAUUGCGGCUCAGCGCCCACCCCGGGCAGGGCGCUCCGAGCGGCUACGAGGACGACGACAUGGAGUCACAGCACGACGGGUCCAUCAUCUCCAAGACGGCUGUCUACGUGUGACCGCCCUGCCCUGGGGGGAGCCGAGAUAAUGGCGGGUGAACCCCUCGCAGGCGAGGACAAGAGAGUCUGGGGAGCAGAGACGGAUUAACUCAGGGGGCUGCGGAAACUUCCAGGGGGCGACAGGCUGCUGGGGGGCCAUGGAUGCCGGACUCCUGACUCGUGAUCCCGCCAGCCCCAGGCAGUAGGCGGGUCUCGGCUGCCUGGCCAGGUGGGGGGAGAUGCGCCCUUGUGUUGGGGGAAAGGCUCCGUUGACACCCAUGUGCUGGGAUGCGGACGCUGUGCUCUAGGUGAACACAUGGGGCGGGGGACCCUGGAGUGCUGGGGAGGGGGGCAGGAAGGUUCGUGCUGAUGCCUUGGGUUCUGUACAAUACAGUAGUUCCUGAGCCAGGGGGUGGGGGAUGGGGGAACACAGACCCUCCCCCUUUAAAAGGUGACCCACGCAGCUCCCUGGAUUCAGGAUGUGAUUUGCCUGAUUCUGCGCCACCUGGAAUGAGAGCGGGAGAGUCGGUGUGAUUCCCUCCCCGUUUGGGGGGCUUCCUCGAGGCGCAGCCUAUGUCGGUGACCUGCCCUAGCGAGUGCCGCUGCUCCAUUGUCUGCCAGUGUCUGAGACACACACUGCUUACACCCCUCCCUGCACUGUUCUCCCCGUCCCCCCGCUGUGUCUUACGGUGCCAGCUCCUCCACCCCCCCACCCCCGUGUAAAUAUCCCGAGCCCCCGAGAGCGGUUAUGUUCCCAGUGUACUGGUUGCUAUGGCACCAUCACCCGUCUGUCUCCAUUCUGUGUGUAAUAAAGUCUCCUUGGAGCCCA